GAUACUCUAGCCUUGAUUAUUGUAAACAUGGGUACUAGUGCUGUGCAAUACCCUUUCUAAUCGGCUGUCACAAAUAUUGUUUUUUUAUUGCUAACCUAAAAACCUCUGCUAAAAACCUAAAAACACGGAACAUAACAUUCUGAUAACAUGCCUAAAAACAGUUAUAGCAGUAACGUUUUGAUGUAAAUAAAUGUUGCAAGGAUUUAUUGUAUAUUAAUUUGAAAAUGGCUGCACCACCUCAUCACUUUAUGCAAAACUUAAAUAACAGCAGUCAAGGAGCGCUUAGAAAUUGUUUCGAUCCAGGUUCCUUACAAAAUACGCUUGGAGCUGGGACAAUGCAAAACCAAAUGGCUGGGCAGAUGCCCCAAUUAGGCACUGCCAUGAUGGGUCAAAUGAACAACCCUAUGAAUGGCCCAAUGACUUCGAUAACUGCACCAAUGAAUGGUCCUAUACAAAACCCAUUAACACCAAAUAUUCAAAAUGCUAUCCCUAAUCAAAUGGGUGGAGCUGAACUAGGAGCACCUAUGGUUGUACAAAUGAAUAACCCCAUGAAUGGAGCUAUGAGUCCUAUAAAUACUCAAAUGAAUGAAUUCAAUCCAAGUUUGAAUCAUCAUGAAAUGCCUCAAUCACAGGCAUCUGGCGUUACUCCCACACCGCCUUCUGCUCAUAUUCCUCAACAACAGCAACAGUCCAAGGAAUUUAACACGGCCUCCUUAUGUCGAUUAGGUCAAGAAACAGUUCAAGAUAUUGUCAGUAGAACUCAAGAAGUAUUCCAAACACUAAAAACUAUUCAACCUCCUGCAGGUACUAGUCAAUCCUCCACAGCCAGUAAUGAGAAAAAAGCUAAAGUUCAAGAAUUGUUGCGUACAAUCAGAGUCCUUUUUAAGCGUCUGCGGUUAAUUUACGAAAAAUGUAAUGAAAAUUGUCAGAUACAGGGCAUGGAAUAUACACAUAUUGAAAGUCUUAUUCCGUUUAAAGAUGAAUUGGAUCCUAAACAUGAGGAGAAAAAAAAUUCAGAGGCAUAUCGUUCUGCUUGUGAGGAGAGCAAAGAGGUAAUGGAACAAGUGGUUCUAAAGAAUAAGCAGUUGAAAGAAAUCAUUGACCAUCUGAGACGUAUUGUUUGGGAGAUUAAUACGAUGUUAACAAUGAGGAAAUCCUAGCGCUUCUUGUCAGAAUACUGAGGAUAUUCAGUAUUCUGUUGUGCUGUUUAAUUUGUUACAUUAAAACAUUGUUUAUUUUCAGUUAACAGUAUCAUGUUCUUCUAUGUCAAAAUACAAGUUAUAGCCGGAAUAGUACUUAAGAGCAAGGGAACCCUUAUAAAUUGUUUUGUCUUGAUUUCUGAAACCUGUAUUAAAGUGAUCAAUAAUAAUAAUAAUUAAUAA